GGAAGUGGAGCGAAUGAGAGGUGACCAGAAAUGGAAAGAAAAGUAAGCAGAAUUUGUUUUGCUUCUGAACCAGAUAUAAUUCAUUUUCUACAAAUUGCUUGGGAGAGAACGCUAGCAUCUGGUUUUGUUAUUACACUUACUGAUGGUCAGUCAGCAUGGACCGGAACAGUUUCCGAAUCAGAGAUUUCUCAAGAAGCUGAUGACAUGGCAAUGGAAAAAGAGAAAUAUGUUGAUGAACUGAGGAAAGUAUUGAUAUCAGGAGGAGGACCAGCUGAUGCAUACAAGUUUGAUUUUUCUAAAGAGUCUUGUCAUUUCUCCUUUGAGAAAAACCUGAAAGAUGUUUCAUUUAGACUUGGUUCCUUCAAUCUAGAGAAAGUUGCAAGUCCAGCUGAGGUCAUUAGGAAACUUAUUUGUGAUUGCCUGGACACCAUUGCGGAAAACCAAGCCAAAAAUGAGCACCUGCAGAAGGAAAAUGAAAGGCUUCUGAGAGAUUGGAAUGAUAUUCAAGGACGAUUUGAAAAAUGUGUGAGUGCUAAGGAAGCUUUGGAGACUGAUCUUUAUAAGCGGUUUAUUCUAGUGCUGAAUGAGAAGAAAGCAAAGAUCAGAAGCUUGCAUAAAUUGUUAAAUGAAGUUCAAGAACCAGAAAGGAACAUUCAGCGUGAAAGGGAAGGCACAACAUGUUCUGAAAUGACCGCUGAUAGAGAUGCAGUCUACGAUGAAAGUACUGAUGAAGAAAGUGAGAACCUGCCUGAUCCCUCUGUGUUAGCUCCAGCUACUUCUAGAGAUGAUUCCAUCAUUUCAAGUCCUGAUGUCACUGAUAUUGCACCAAGUAGAAAGAGGAGGCAGCGGAUGCAAAAAAAUCUUGGAACAGAGCCUAAAAUGGCUUCUCAGGUGACUCAGCCUCAAGAAAAGGAAAAGUUUGAUCCUCCACAACCUGAGAAGUUGAAAAAGGAGCACA